UUUUUUUUUUUUUUUUUUUUUUAUUCUUUCGGAGUUGAAGGUUUAAUUCGAACUAAUAGAAUAUAAAGAACGAAAACCCAAAUUUUAUAUGAUAUGACGAUGAUGGAUAUCGACGCCGAAAAGAACGCCCAGGCGUCGGCGUCGGCCACGGCCUCCCACGAAUAUGUGAACGAAGAUAGGCUAAGACGUUCGCUAUCGUCGCGCCAGGUUCAGAUGAUAGCUAUCGGAGGUACCAUCGGAACUGGUCUAUUUCUGGGUACGGGGAAAGCAUUGGCGACCGGCGGUCCAGCUUCGUUAUUACUCAGUUAUGCUAUCGUCGGAGGCAUCGUGUUCGUGACGAUGCUGUGUCUUGGUGAAAUGGCUGCUUUCGUCCCUGUGGCCGGCUCGUUCUGUACCUUCUCGGCGCGUUAUCUGGAUGAUGCUUGGGGUUUCGCCCUGACCUGGAACUACUGGUUUAAUGAUGCCGUAUCUACGGCUGCCGAUUUAGUUGCUCUACAACUUGUCCUCCAGUACUGGACCGACACAUUCCCCUGGUAUGCCUUGGGACUUAUCAUCUGGUUCUUACUCGUCCUAGCCAACAUCAUAAAUGUACGCGCUUACGGCGAAGUAGAAUACUGGCUAUGUCUCCUAAAGGUCGUCACCAUCGUUGUUUUCAUCAUCUUGAGUAUCGCUGUCAAUGUCGGCGGAAAUACCUCGCAUGAGUAUAUCGGUGCGCGAAACUGGUAUAUUGGCGACGCGCCUUUCGUCGGCGGUAUCGGUGGAUUUGCCAGCGUCUUCGUAACCGCAUCUUUUGCCUACGGUGGCACGGAAUCCAUCGCCAUUACCGCCGGUGAGACCAAGGACCCGGCUCGUCAGCUACCGCGUGUUGUGAAGAAUGUCUUCUGGCGGAUCUUAUCCUUCUACAUCCUCGGUUCCCUGAUGAUCGGCCUCAACGUGCCAUAUGACUACCCGAACCUCAACUCAAAAGAUACUCGCACUUCCCCUUUUACAAUCGCUUUUCAGCUGGCCGGGUCUAAAGUAGCGGGGUCUUUUGUCAACGCCGUCAUUCUUACGAGUGUUAUUUCGGCAGGAAACCACGCUCUUUUCGCUGGAUCUCGUCUCCUAUAUACAUUAUCCGUUAACGGCCACGCGCCCAAGGUAUUUGGACGCUUGACGCGGUUCCAGGUACCAUGGGUAGCUGUUCUCUUUACCUCGGUAAUUUCUGGCUUGCUAUUCGGCGCCUCUUUUAUCGGGGCUGGUCAGCUGUGGACGUGGCUGCAGAAUAUCGUGGGCGUCUCCAAUCAGCUUUCCUGGAUUAGCAUCGGCAUCACCUCGCUACGAUUCCGUGCUGGCUUAAAAGCACAGGGCAAGGAGCAUCUCCUGCCCUUUAAGAACUGGAUGUAUCCGGCUGGACCAAUUGUUGCCGUAGUAUUAAACAGCUUUCUUGUUCUUAUUCAGGGAUGGAGUUGUUUCAGCCCCAAGUUUAACGCUGUUGACUUCGUCAGUUACUACAUCGAGCUGCCUGUUUUCGCACUGAUGUUCGUCUCGUGGAAGUUAAUUAAGAAAACGAAGUUUAAGAGGGCGAGUGAGAUGGAUCUGGUUACUGAUGUAUACACCAAGGACGAUAUUGAGCCGGAAGAGGAUGGAUGGGCCGGAAGGGCCAAGAGAGUUGGUGGUUGGUUCUGUUUUUAAAUCUCGAUAUCCAUUUUGGUUAUUAUUAUGUACUUUAUAAGUUUCAAUAUACCCGCCUAUGUUUGCUUCUUGCAUAUUUCAAGAAAAAACA